GCUCACCCCCGCGGUCGCCCUCGCCUGAGCGCCCGGUAACCUGGGACUACGUCAAUAAGGGAUUGAGUAAAGACCACUUUCCAAUCAUGGGUACCUUCACUGUGAUUAUUCAAAUUCAGGAUGGCUCUAUUCUGGGAGACCGCCUUCAUUAUACCAAUUAUGACGGUGGUGGACGCGUACGCUGGCUGCAACCUGAGAAAUAUACACCUACAAAUUUCGAAUACUUCAACGUUAUGAUAAAUAUGCCAGACAUUCCUCACCAUCUCGUGGAAACGAGUUAUACUCUCCAAGAACUUCACGCAACAGCAGAUUUCAAAUAUCUUCAUCAUACUCCAGUGAUAGCUUUUAUGCAUUUGAAUUGGAACGAAAAGUUUGUAGCUCGAGACUUCCAUCCAUGGAAUCUUACUGUUUCACGUAAUGAUGAUGAUUAUGAAGACCGCAUUUUUAUAGGUAUACGAGGAACCCCUGUAGUCUUUUCUUCAAGAUAUGGAGUAGAGUUAUUACAGGAACUCGACGUGGGGGACCUUUUACACCCUUUUAAAUGUAGACGCUGUUAGAAAAUUUAAAGCAAUCACGAAAUGUUAAUAAAUUUUAUAUUUAAA